CUGCUUGGAGAUUUGUAUCAUUCUCCACAGCUUGACACUCUGACCUCGACGCCAUGGCUGGCUUAGUAUUCUGCCACACGAUAUCUCGCUCCAUCGCCUAUCGCCCGAAAUAUCCUGACUAUGCUUGAAGCAUUACGGUCAUGCGAUGAUUGGCCACGUCAAUCUUUCCACAGAAUAUCAGCUAGUAGCUAGCCUAUCUGCCUACUCUUUGCCCAGAGAUUGCGUGAUGAAGCUGUGGAUUUGCCUGCUUCGCGAUGUAGCAUAUCAAAAAGCUCAGUCUGACCUGCGAGAUCCUUCGAAAUAUCUUUAACUGUCAAAAAGACCGAGCAACCGUUUCUUGCCUCUAGCAAUCAGGUUAUCUCCAUUGGCAAAAUGGGCUCGGAUCACGUCCACGAUAUCCCCGUGGACACAGCCUCCGCGGGCGAUGACACCAAGAAGACGCCCGCCACAGCAAUUGGGUCGGGCUCGUCAACUUCUUCUCUCGAAAUCUCUGCUGUGCAGAGGGUAAAAGGGGGCGCUGCGUUCGACACCUCGGAGGAUCCUCGCUACUACAAGCCUAUCCCAGAGUAUGAAGGCAUCCAUCGUUGGGACCCCUACUUCGAGUGGACAGAAGAUGAAGAGAAAGCCCUUAUACGAAAGAUUGACUGGCGGAUUUGCACAUUUGCAUGCGUGACGUUCUUCGCGCUCCAGCUUGACAGAGGCAAUGUCGUCCAGGCUAAUUCCGAUACCAUGCUUGAGGAUCUGGGGAUGAACACGAAUGACUACAACAACGGACAGACUAUCUUCCUUCUCACAUUCUUGUUCUCCGAGCUGCCGUCCCAGUUGCUGUCCAAAAAGGUCGGGCCAGACCGCUGGAUUCCGUUUCAAAUGGUUUCAUGGAGCUUGGUUGCUGCAUGCCAGGCCUUCUUGAAGAAUAAGACUGGCUACUUCAUCUGCCGUGCUCUCUUGGGAUGCCUAGAAGGUGGAUUCAUUGCCGACACAAUCCUCUUUCUGUCCUUUUUCUACAAAUCCAAAGAGCUGCCAGUCAGGCUAAGCUAUUUUUGGGUCUCCUACGAAGCUACUGCCAUUGUUAGCGCUUUUUUGGCCGUUGGGUUCCUUCGAAUUCACGAUUCUGAUGGCAGAGGCGGCUGGCGGUAUCUCUUCGCAUUCGAGGGUCUGAUCACUGGGGUAAUCGGAAUCAUCGCUAUCUUCUGGAUGCCCGCAUCACCGACACAGACUAAGGGCGGUUUUCGAGGAAAGGACGGCUGGUUCAACGAGCGCGAGGAGAAGAUUCUCGUCAAUCGCGUGCUGCGUGACGACCCCAGCAAGGGAAGCAUGCACAAUCGGCAAGCUGUAUCACUCAAGAUGCUCUGGACAGCUCUCUGCGACUAUGAUAUGUGGCCGAUCUAUCUGGUCGGUUUGACAUGGAUGAUCCCCAACACACCUGCAACGAACUACAUCACUCUGGAGCUCAAGUCUCUUGGCUAUGGUACCUUCCAGACGAACCUUCUAACCAUUCCUGCCUAUGUCAUUUUCAUUAUCAAUCUUCUCUUCUGGACUUGGAUCUCGGAGCGCUUCAAUCAGCGGUUGCUGCUUGGCCUCGUCAUGGAGUUUUGGUGCUUGGUUUUGCUCAUUGCACUGGUAGCCCUGCCGGACAAUGCCAGCACGUGGGGACGAUGGGCCAUUCUCGUGCUGCUGAUUGGCGCGCCCUAUGUCCAUGCCAUCAUUGUCGCCAUGACGUCCAGAAAUGCAGGCUCGGUUCGGACGCGGACGGUCGCUAGCGCUGUUUACAAUAUGAUGGUGCAAGUGUCUAAUAUCAUCGGCAGUCAAAUCUACCAAGCGAAAGACAAGCCAUACUACCGCACUGGCAAUAAGGUGCUGAUUGCCAUUGCCGCGUGGAGCAUUCUUGUGUUCAUUGGGGCCAAGCUCUACUACGUACGGCGCAACAAGUAUAGAGCAGCGAUAUGGGACGCCAUGUCCAGCAGCGAGCGAGAGGCAUACCUGGCGGACAUCGCCAAUAAAGAUCUUGGAAACAAACGUCUUGACUUCCGCUUUACCCAUUAA